CGACGUGAUCGGCUAUCGCGCGCCUGCGCCAUUGGGCUGUCAGUCAGAGGCGGCGUGGGGAGCGCUGGGAGCAGUUGUGGCGCCCCGGGAGCUGAGUGUGUAAAAAAUGGAAUUUCAAGCAGUAGUGAUGGCUGUUGGCGGGGGAUCUCGGAUGACAGAUCUGACUUCCAGUAUUCCCAAACCUCUGCUUCCAGUUGGGAACAAACCUUUAAUUUGGUAUCCAUUGAACCUGCUCGAGCGUGUUGGAUUUGAAGAAGUCAUUGUGGUUACAACCAGAGAUGUCCAAAAGGCUCUAAGUGCAGAGUUCAAGAUGAAGAUGAAGGCAGAUAUUGUGUGCAUUCCAGAUGAGGCUGACAUGGGAACAGCAGAUUCUCUGCGCCAAAUAUAUCCAAAAAUUAAGACAGAUGUGCUGGUCCUGAGCUGUGAUCUGAUAACAGAUGUUGCCUUACAUGAGGUCGUAGACCUGUUCAGAGCUUACGAUGCCUCACUUGCCAUGUUAAUGAGAAAAGGCCAAGAUAGCUUAGCACCAGUUCCAGGACAAAAGGGGAAAAAAAAAGCAGUGGAGCAGCGUGACUUCAUUGGAGUGGACAGCACAGGAAAGAGGCUGCUCUUCAUGGCUAAUGAAGCAGACUUGGAUGAAGAGCUGGUCAUUAAGGGAUCCAUCCUCCAGAAGCACCCUAGAAUACGCUUCCAUACAGGCCUUGUGGAUGCCCACCUCUACUGCUUAAAAAAAUACGUUGUGGAUUUCCUAGUGAAAAAUGGGUCAAUCACUUCUAUCCGGAGUGAACUGAUUCCAUACCUAGUGAGAAAACAGUUUUCUACAGCUUCCUCACAACAGGGACAAGAAGAUAAAGAAGAGGAUCUAAAGAAAAAGGAACUGAAGUCCCUAGAUAUUUAUAGUUUUAUAAAAGAAACCAACACACUGACCUUGGCUCCAUAUGAUGCCUGCUGGAAUGCCUGUCGAGGGGGCAGGAGAGAAGACUUGUCCCAAGUACGCUGCUACGUCCACAUCAUGAAGGAGGGUGUCUGCACUCGAGUGAGCACACUGGGCCUCUACAUGGAAGCAAACAGGCAGGUGCCCAAAUUGCUGUCUCUUCUCUGUCCAGAAGAAUCACUGGUCCAUUCAUCCGCCCAGAUUGUCAACAAACACUCAGUUGGAGCAGACAGCCUCAUCGGGCCAGAUACACGGAUUGGAGAGAAGUCGUCCAUUAUGCAUUCAGUCAUCGGUUCAUCCUGUCUCAUCAAAGAUAGAGUGACUAUUGCCAAUUGCCUUCUUAUGAAUUCAGUCACUGUGGAAGAAGGGAGCAACAUCCAGGGCAGCGUCAUCUGCAACAACGUCGUGAUCGAAAAGGGAGCAGACGUCAAGAACUGCUUGAUUGGAAGUGGCCAGACAAUUGAAGCCAAAGCUAAGCGAGUGAACGAGGUGAUCGUGGGGAGUGACCAGCUCAUGGAAAUCUGAGUUCUGAGCAAGUCAGACUUCUUCCUUUUGCCCCCCGAAGCUACAGAUGUUGGCUGGCCCACCUGUUUGACUCUGUAUUUAUUUCCCAAUAAAGAAGGGCUUCUAAAGACA